AUGGUUUGGAAUCCAAUCGCUCAGACUCUGCAUGUGUUCCAAGAUAUUAAAGCCAACCCGCGCUACUACUGGAUGGCUGCCAGUGCUUGCUGGGGAGGCAUGCUUUUCGGAUGGGACUCUGGUCUUAUUGGAGGGAUUCUCCCUCGCCCAGCGUUCAAGAAUGCGUUUGGAUUGACGAAUAAUCCGACGGCCUGGGCAAACAUCUCUGGUUGGAUAGUCUCUGUUCUCCAAGCCGGUUGCUUCUUUGGUGCUAUGAGUGCUGCCUGGGUUUCCGAGAGAUUUGGUCGUAGAGGGGCUCUUUUCAUUGCUGCUUUCUGGUUCCAUUUAGGCUCGCUUCUCCAAACGACGGCAAAGACGGGUAGCCAAUCGGAAGAGUCGGCGCUCAUCCAACUCUAUGUCGGUCGUGCAGUCGGUGGCUUUGGUGUCGGCAUGGUCUCCGUCGUCGUCCCUACCUAUGUCUCCGAGUCGUCGCCUAAACAUAUUCGUGGCCGUCUCACGGGCAUGUACCAGCUCUUCAUCGUCAUUGGCAUCGCCCUCUCCUUCUGGGUCAACUACGGCAUGCUCGUCCAGAUUGGCGACACAGAUAUUCAUAACGAGCGCAUCUGGCGUGUUCCGUUUGCUCUCCAGCAUAUUCCCGGAGUUCUCCUCGUUCUCACGAUGAUUCCGGAGAAGGAAUCACCGCGAUGGCUCGGCGAAAAGGGUCGCUGGGAGGAUGCAAAGAAGGUCAUUGCCCGUCUGUCACAAAAGUCGGUCGAUCAUCCGGAUGUCGUUAAUGAGGUCGAUGAUAUCCGAGCCGAUCUCGAGAAGAAUGUCAAGCUCAGCUUUGUCGAACAAUUCCGCCAGGCGACCAGCAGCGGCAAGAUGUUCUAUCGUUGCUCCAUUCCGGCUAUCAUGAUGUUCUGGCAGCAAUGGACUGGUGUCAACUCGAUGAACUAUUAUUCCCCCGUCAUCUUCCAAGAGCUCGGUCUUAGCGGUGGUCGUGCUACUCUCCUUGGAACGGGUAUCUAUGGUAUCGUCAAGAUUGUCAUGACUGUUGCCGUCCUCUCGCUCGGUAUGGAACAGUACGGUCGCAAGGCUCUCCUCGUUUGGGGUGGUGUUGGCCAAUCGCUCCCCAUGUUCUACAUUGCCGGCUACCGCCACAUCCGUCAAGGCUCGCCCAAGAUUGAUGGCGCAUCCUAUGUAGCCAUUGUCAUGAUCUACCUCUACGUCACAUUCUACAGCUUCGGGUGGUCCGUCGCUCCCUGGCCCGCCAUGUCCGAGUCGGUGCCCAACCAGCUUCGUUCGCUGACCAUGUCGAUUGGUCUCAUGUCCAACUGGCUCUUCAACUUUACCAUUUCCAAGAUUACGCCCAUUCUCCUCAACAACAUUCGCUGGGGCACAUACCUCCUCUUCGCCUGCACCACCAUGUCUGCCGUCCUCUGGGCCGUCUUCUUCUUGCCCGAGACCGGAGGAUAUGCCAUCGAGGACAUUCACCAGCUUUGGGAGGGCAACUUGCUCAAGCAGUCUAUGCGCGACAACAAGUACCUCUUUACGACGUACAACAACCGUGCGGCGGGUGCCGUCGACGCAGACGAUAUCGAACAUCAUAAGCGCCAUAUUUCCAACGAAAAGGCAACGGAUUCGUCGAGCAAGGAGUCUGAAGACCGGAUUGAAAAGGUCCGCGAGGUGUAG